GGUUUUGUUUUGACGGGUUGAAAGUUCAUGUUGACAUUUUGAACAAUAAUGGCUGAACUGGACAUUGGUGAUCAUUGUCGGCUCAAAACCUGCUAUCAGAAAGACUUUUUGCCGUUUGUGUGCGAUGGGUGCAAGGGAGUUUUCUGUGUUGAACACAGAAGUCGAGAGUCACAUUCAUGCCCGGAGUUGCCUGUGAAGAAAGAGGUUCAGACAUCCGGAGGAGGCAUCACUAGCCAUCCCUGCACAUUCCAGGACUGCAAAGGACGAGAGUUGCUACCAGUCAUAUGUCCACACUGCGAAAAACAUUUCUGUUUGGGCCAUCGUCAUCAAGAUGACCACAAGUGUGAGAAGCUGGAGAUGCCAAAGCCCCGGAUGGCAGCCACGCAAGAGCUGGUGAAAAGAAUUGUUGAGUCGAAGAAAGACAUGCCAGCAAGUAAAGGUCGCAAAGGAGCCAAGAAUAGUGCAACUGCAGCAAAAGUGGCACUGAUGAAGUUAAAGCUCCACGCUGUAGGAGACAAGGGGUUGCCACAGGUAGAAAGAACCUAUUUGCAAGUAUACCUUCCCCAAGAAGGCAAAGACGCCAGCCUGCCCAUGUUCUUCUGUUCCAAGUGGAGUGUGGGGAAAGUAGUGGACUAUGCAGCCUCACUGGCUAGUCUCAAGAACAACAACAACAUACUAACUGCUAAGAAGCUUCGUCUGUGCCAUCCCCAGACUGGGGAGGCCCUGAGGAUGGACGACACCCUGCUGUCACUGCUGGCCCACCUUGAGUCGCCCCUCCACAAUGGGGGCAACGUGAUCCUGGAGUACCUGGACAAUGACUGCAGCACCCUGGACGAUGUGUCUGCCUAUGUUCCCCUGUCCUGACUGACACACAGCAGACAGCAUGGGGCAGUGUCUCGAUACAUCAGUAUUGGAGAAUGACUUUUUUUGCCUUGAGACUAUUCAUAAAAUAAGACCCAUAUGUGUGAGUUAUUGUUUACGGCUGUGUUUGUAAUUGUAAUG